GCGCUCAGUGCCGUCUCGUCGUCAGCUCGGGAGGACGGUGUCCUUCGCGAUCCCACGCUUUCCGGCUUCUUGUUCGCAGCAGAGAGAGUGCUUUUCUCGUCUCACGACCCGAGCUUUUUUCCGGGAAGCUUUCCGCGUCCUGCACAUUCUCGCGAUACAGCCGUGCAAACAUUUGCGAGAUCGAGGAGCGUCAGCAGCGAUCUGUAAUCCAGCACAUCAAUAUCCGAUAAUCCGUCGGCGUGGUCCAAUCGUCGACGCAGAACAAGCCAGCCACUGAUAGGUUCCCUGCUUGAACACUGGCGGUGCUGACACAGAUACGGGAUAUAAAUGAGAAGGAGACGCAAAAGCUGCUGAGUGCACGAGGCAUAUCACGAUUCGGCAUAAUGAUCCAGCUGUCGUGCAGCGGCGACGUGCUCGGCGACGUCUUAAUCCCGUAGAAAUUUCCGCCGGGACACCCUCGCAGGAAGAAGGAGGAGGAGAAGGACGCCGGCAGCCACCUGUGACUCUCGCCGCCGAGAGGGAGAUCCCCGGUGGGGGAGGAGAAAGCGCGAGGGGGGAGGAAGAAUAACCGGCGAUAAAUCGUGCAGAAGCGAGAGGAACAACGCGGCCGCGAUUUCCCCGAGGAAGAUGCGAGGUCCCGCGAGAACGUCGCGCCGGGGGUGAGUGAAUGGAGAGUUCGACGGGCGGCGACGUUGGGUGGAAAAACGCGAUCGUCUCGCGUCGAUCGCGAUCGAUCGGUCCGGUGGAGCAAGCUCGGCCGCCACCUACUCGCUCCUGACCGCGGUCAGGGCAAGGACCGCCGCGGGGAAUCGAAUUAAUAUCCAGACGAGGCAGGCCGAGGAGGGCGACGUAGGGGACGAGGAGGCUUGUAUUGGAUUUACAGGAGGAGGGCUACGAGACGACCGAUCUCCCGGGUAAUGCCUUCCUGAGGCGGCAUUCUCGCGGUCGUGCUCGAGGUCACGGAGCGUCCGGCGACCGACAGUAUGGCCGAUCUCGAGAGGAUCCGGCUGGUGGUGCUCGGCGGCGCCGGGGUCGGCAAGAGCGCCAUUAUACGCCGGCUGCUCGGCCAAGGUUUCAGCGAGCGGUACCGGCCCACCGUGGAGGACCUGUAUUCCCGGGAAUGCGUCCUCGGCACCUUGACGCUCAAGGUCGACCUCUUGGAUACCGCGGGUGACCUGCAGUUUCCCGCGAUGAGGCGUUUGAGCAUAGCCACCGCCCACGCAUUCCUCCUCGUCUACGCGACAACGUCGUUACCAAGCUUCGAGUGCGUGAAGCGUUGCUUCGAAGAAGUGAGAGAACAACGACCCGACUUCCAGGAGGUACCGAUAGUCGUCGCCGGUAACAAGCUCGACCUGGCGCCGGCGCGGAGGGAAGUGCCCAUCGAGGACGUCAGCGAGUGGCUGUUUUGCGAAUUGCCGAAGCUGCGCGCCAAGGUGAUGGAGUGCUCGGCGAAGGACGACUACAAUAUCAAGGAUAUCUUCAGGUGUUUCGUCACGUUGUCCAGGAUCGUGCCGAAGAAUCCUACCGGCGAGUCCGACGAAUCGGGCCUCAGGAGAAGAUGCUCGGCGUACGGAUCGCGCAGGUCGGGCAGUCCUGGCGGCAGGACCGGCAGCGCGGGUCCCGGCGGGAAUCCUCAGCAAGUGGUCGCGGCUCAAGGCUCGAGCGUCGUCGCCGUCACCGAGGAGGUGAAGAGCAAGCCGCGUAGUCGCAGCUUGAUCAGACGCGCCUCGAGGAAGACGAAGCAGCAGAUCCGAGACGCCCACGCCGACGACUGCAACAUCUCGUAAGCCGGCGGAGAGACCGUCCCGCUGCGGUCGCGAGCGUAAGUGACUCGUCAAGGUAAGACUCGCGAUGACGGCUCCCCAUGGCCCGACGGACGUUUGUGGACCGCCGAGCGCGUUGAUCCACCGGAUCCCGCGAGAAACCCGACCGGCGCCGGAGGGUGUCCGCGGCACUGACCUCGCGAACAGACGUUAAUCGCAGAACACCCGGAAGCGUGUGUGUCGACGACAGAAGUCGCGAUUCGCCCUUGACAAACGUACUCGGCCCAUGCGAUGAUUGAAGCGUCCUGAUUAAAUGUAGAGGAAAACGCGCAUACCCAUGUUUCUCGGCUGUAAAAUACGAAACUUAGCCUCGGAUAACAGAGGGUGUCCCAAAGAAAUGUACACACACUUUGAAUGAUUACGAAGUCGGCGUUCGUUAACAUACGCUUCAUUUUUCAAAUUUAAAAGAAAUCUACAGGAAUAUGAGUAACUUUUUUUUUUGUCAACGCCUGUUCUCACAAACUGAUGACCUGGUUCUGGAAAAAAAGUCAAAGAAUGCGUUUCCACCGGUGUUGCCACUAUUCUAAUGACCGUCACUCGGAUAUUAGAUUAAAAAAGAAGAGAAAACCUCAGGAUGAUAAUAAUAAUAUUGAUACUAAAGAUUGUGUAUCCUGUUUAUACAUUAUCAUUGAUAACUACAUAUAAUAUAUAGUAAUAUAUUUAAAUAAUAUAUAUAAAACGUAUAAUAUUAAACGGAUA